CUGUGCUACACCUUUCCCAGAUCCUGUUACCUAUCCCUUCAUUUGUGAGUUACCACAUAAAAUAAACUUCCCAUUUAACUAUGUAGAAUGGCCUUAAUAAGUUCAUCAAUAUCUGGCACCCAAAGUGGGGCAUGGACCCACGACCCUGAGAUUAAGACUCUCAUGCUCUACCGACUGAGCUAGCCAGAUCUGCAGGAGCAGCUGAGUGACACAAGGAGCCGUUACCAGAGCCAGAGUUGCCAGUUAAACCUGAUCAAGAUGACAACCUCCCAAAAGCGCCGAGACUUCAUGGCAGAGCCCAUGGGGGAAAAGCCAGUGGGGAGCCUGGCUGGGAUUGGUGAAGUCCUGGGCAAGAAGUUGGAGAAAAGGGGCUUUGACGAGGCUUAUGUGGUUCUUGGCCAGUUUCUGGUGCUAAAAAAAGAUGAAGACCUCUUCCAAGAGUGGCUGAAAGACACAUGUGGUGUCAAUGCCAAGCAGUCCUGAGACUGCUUUGGGUGACUUUGAGAAUGGUGUGACGCCUUCUUGUAAUGUACUUUGAGGACUCCUCUGUCCCCCAGUCACAGAACUGAGUCUCCAGAGUCCAGAUACUCUAGGCCUGUAGCCAAUUUGAAUGCACCAACAAGCCUGAGAAACAUUAGGUGACUGUCCAGGC